AUGACGUGUUUCAACUGCUGUGGGGGCGUGAAUGCUCGCUUGUUGUGCCUCACAGCGUGUGCGAUUAUCGAGUACAUGUCGCAGAGUGUCGUGCUGGUGCUCGGACCGAUGGUGGCGCUCCAUUUCUAUCCGGACACGUCGUUCCCUCGUCUGGGUUUCUAUACGGCCAUCCUCUCCGGCUCGGGCUUCCUCGGUCACGCACUCAGCUGCAGCUUCUGGAUCAACUCGGCUCGGUCGCUCCAGAGCAGCAAAGGGGUGAUUUUAUGGGGUCUGGCGGUCACUGGCGCGGGGUUUUUCAGCUUGCUACUAUGCAAGAAUCUUGUAGCCAUGUCACUCGUCCGAUUCGCCACGGGCCUCUGUAGCGGCGUGUCCCCCGUGGCGCUCAUUGAGAUUGACAAUAUCUGUGGCAAUCGACAGACGAAACUGGCUCUAGUGGCUAAAGCAUUGGGUGGGGGACUCGGGGCCAUUGGCACAUUUGCGUUGCUCACCCUCGGUACAAAACUGUCCAAGAGCUCGGAAGAAGACCCGGCGGCGCGAGACUCGUCGCUGUAUUUCUACCCAUUUUGUUUCGUGUCGAUCACGGCGUGGAUUGCUGUGAUCGUGAUGCUCGUGGCACUGCGUCUGCGAAGCCGGACGACGUCGUACACGCAGCUUGCAGACGACGACGACGACUUUCUGAGCUUUACGCCGCAGGUCCAGAGUGAGACGCAGACUGCGCUACGCUCGUCGACUAGUGCGAACACUAGUAGCACUUGCAGCAGUGAGUGCGGUAGUCCUGUAGGACCUACUGUUGCCCAUGUCAAGUCGGUGUUCGAAGAGGCUUUUGGACGAACAGCCACGAGCUUGGGGAUGAAGAAGGCGAUGGCCUCACCGACAAAGUUAGCAGCCAUUACGAUGCUUGCCACGCCACAGCCGCAUUUUCGACUGAUCCGUCGCAUUGUGCCUCAUUACUAUCAUGGCUACACGUCAGACGGACACUUGGUCGUAUGGGACUUUGUCGGCAGGGUCAAUAUGGACAAACUUAAUGCUGCGGGCUAUACGACUUCGGAUCUGCGUGAUCACUACCACUUCUUCUUGGCCUUCGCACAGGAAAUGUUACUACGCACUGCGACACAAAAGAUUGUCUACGUCGUGGAUCUGGACGGUCUUUCGCUCGGCGAUGCCGAUGCACGCGCUGUGGAUUGUGUCUGUGCAGUGGUCAAGACAUUACAACGAGAGUUGCCCAAUCGUCUCCAAGUCCUUGCAGUGCUAAAUUCGCCUGUAUGGUUCUCUCAGGUCAUGAAGCGCAUUCGCCCGCAUUUAGCGAAGCGCACAGCAGACAAGGUGUCGUUUCUGUCCAAGGAGACAGCCACUCGAGACUUGAUUGCACUCAUCGGCGUUGACAGUCUACCUCAACGCUAUGGUGGACGGAAUGGUGUAGAGAUCGGCAAGAGUGCACAGGAACGCUCACUGGACGCCCUGCUGAAGCGAACAACGGCGCCGCUGGAACGCACGAUUGAAAUCGUCGGCACCCCGCGAUCGCAGCGCCCCAGCGUUGGCCGCUCACAUGCUGGUACUACACGUUGUAACGUGAGUGACGACGGCAGCGACGAAGAGGCGUUCUUUGACUGCUCGGAAUAUGGUUUGCAAGGCGUCGAAGACGUGGAGGAUCAGGAGCCGGAGAUCUCAGUGGUCGUUGUCUCGCAGUCCACUCCCUCCGCCAAGACUGAAGCUACUGCCCGCAGCAGUUCGGCAACGUCCGGGUCCUACCAGUCGUUGACAAAAAAGCCCGUGAAAGCGGCUCGAUCCUCAUCGAACCCUGUCAAUGCUUCCACGCCUGAACUCACGAUUACGCGCGAGCCGCUGGCCUGUUUAGUCCUGCUGGUGUAUUUCUUCUGGUCGUUGGUGCAGCUAAGUUUCGACGAGAUGCUCCCGCUGUGGUUCUUCAAGCAAAACCUGACAGCAUUAGGUGGCAGCGUGCAUGCUGAGCCGCCCUCUUUGCGGUCGACUGUGUCGUCCAUCACGCUCACCGUGUCUGGCACGCUGGCUUCGUUGUCCCUGGCGGUUCUUCUGGGCCAGACGGCGUCCGCUUUUGUCUGUUCUUCUGCUCGGAAUGUCAUGACGCCGCUUGCCACGCUACGUUUCGGCUUGCUCCUCCAAGUCCCGAUACUGGGCUGCUUUCCGCUCAUUCAUCGCUUCGAGAUGGAAGAACUGCCGUUUUGCUGGGUCCUGGUGGUAGCAGUGCUUGCACUCAAGCAGCUUGUUGCAGGUGUGGCAUCCCACGGGAUAAUGGCGCUCCUGGACAACUCGGUAGUUGUGGACCGACGGCUCGCAGUACAUCGUGCUUCCCAACGCAUUCGAUACGUGGCUCACUUCAUCGGGAGCGCUGGAGCUCCCGCUCUCUUUGCGCUCUUGGGCUACUUCGACCAGGCGUUCCCUUUCGACCAGAGUCUGCUGUACUUCGUACAAGCGUUGGGGCUCGUGUUCCUCUUGUGUUUCUCCGUGGCAGUCCCUAGUCGAAUGAACUUCCCCGUGCUCUUCAGUCUGGGCAAGCGGUGA